CUGCGCGCAGAGCGCAGCACGCUGUCCCAAGUCGCAAUUCCGUGCCCCAGGCAGCGAGAAGCACUGCGCGGUGAUGCUGCGGGCGGGACCGCCAACCGGGGACUUACCCCGGGCCGGAGAAGUCCACACUGGGACAACCAUCAUGGCCGUGGAGUUUGAUGGGGGUGUGGUGGUGGGUUCUGAUUCCCGGGUGUCCGCGGGCGAGGCUGUGGUGAACCGGGUGUUCGACAAGCUGUCGCCCUUACACCACCGCAUCUACUGCGCUCUCUCCGGUUCGGCUGCUGACGCCCAGGCCGUGGCUGACAUGGCUGCCUACCAGCUGGAGCUCCAUGGGAUGGAACUGGAAGGACCUCCACUGGUUGUGGCUGCUGCAAACGUGGUAAGAAAUAUUAGCUAUAAAUACCGGGAGGAGCUGUCUGCACAUCUCAUGGUAGCCGGCUGGGACCAACGAGAAGGGGGCCAGGUGUAUGUAACCAUGGGGGGCAUGCUGACUCGACAGCCCUUCUCCAUCGGGGGCUCUGGCAGCACCUACAUCUACGGUUAUGUGGACGCCGCGUAUAAACCAGGCAUGUCCCCGGAGGAGUGCAGGCGCUUCACCACAGAGGCUAUCGCUCUGGCCAUGAGCCGGGACGGCUCCAGUGGGGGCGUCAUCUACCUGGUCACCAUUACAGCUGCCGGUGUGGACCAUCGCGUGAUCUUGGGCAAUGAGCUGCCAAAAUUCUAUGAUGAGUGAAUCUUCCUCAGACAUCCCUCCUCAUUUUGUAAUAAAUUCUCU